CCGGAAUAUACAGAGAAGUCAAAGGGGAAGCCCUGAUCGAUCUUGAACUUCGAUACGGCAGGACCUUCAUACCGGAACUUCGCGUCCCGCAUGGUCAGACAAGUCUUUGCUUUGUCCUGCCACAACACAUAAUGUAUGUUGAGCCGAACGACGAUCCAAUAUUUCCAGCGAGGCCAUCGCCCGCGCGAAUGAAGGAGGGAAAUCGAUUAUUCUGGAACGAUCUGCAACGAUCUACAGUGCUAGCUUGCGUGGAUGUCUUCGAACUACGGCACCCAAGAAGCGGUGCUAUCUGGUACUCCCGGUAUCAAAACAUCUCCCAACUUUCACUUCCGGAAUGGCAGAAUCCAUCUGUUUCCAAGAGCCUUCACAUUGCAAACAUGUCUUAUUUUACCCCAGAGUACUUUGACUCCAAAUAUACGGGCAUGUCCGAGCACUUCCAAGUUCAUAAGAAGAUCAGAGAUUUCUACUCUUCGCCGUUGCACCGUGAGCAAUGGAAGGUUGAGGCUCGCAAGAUGUUCGCGACACGGCUUGCCCUGCUGCAGUUUAAUAUCCUCGACGUUGCACAAGGACUUGGCCACGAUUUGCCGUAUGCGAGAGCCUGCUCCUGGACUAUCACGAGGACGGAUGCGGAAGUAUCAUGUUUCAGUCCCGGGACUGGAGGGACAUCAGCGUGUUUGAUUUAUUGGGGUUUAAUCUACUUGCAGUGAGCAUUUCGGUCUCUACUACUGAAUUCAAGGAGACGAUGCCGCUGUUGUGGGUCACGAAAGAGGUCGUGGGACCAGCCUUGGAAGCCUAGCGAGAUGUCAAAUUCGAUAAAAUUAAACGCGUAUUUAAAUGAGAAGAUAACCGAAUGCAGGAAAUUGAAAGCAAGAAUCGCGGGGGGAACCUGAGAUAGUUCGUGUAAAUUCGUGGAGGAAAGAAACUAAGAGGAGCAUGACAGCCCCGACCGAUACCAUUACGGUGACUCAGUGCUGUUGAAUACGAUACUAGUCAUCUUUUUUCAAAUAUCUAGCCCUAGCUCCACUCGUUUCGCCUUGAUCUGCCUCGUGUAAUUGGACAAGUCGAGGACGAUCUUGGAAUCGGUAGAACUAUAGGCA